AUGCCUGCUAUUACAAGAUCCAUGAAACUUGGCUGCAAAAGUGGACUCCUACUUCCCAGUACAAGGGUCAAGCCCGGUACUCGCAAUGUCAGCUUUGAAAGAUACCAAAGUGAUUCAGACAAAGGAAGACCGCGUGGCAAUGGCUACUUCAGGAAGGCACUUUUGACAAUUUUGGUUCCUUACACCGGAUACGCACUUUACAUCAUUACCAAGGCGCGGGACGAAAUAAAAGAACGAGAGCAGCAGCUUAAAGAUUGCGAAGAUGAUAGAACGUUUGAAUCCACACUACUCAAGUACUCACCGUUGGAAAUUCUUGGUCGGUUUGCGAAUCCUUUCAAGGAGUAUCGGGUCCUCACCCUAUUCGAAUUUUCACUUAACAGGAUUUUAGAGCUCUUUGAAAGAAAUCGCGGCGGAAUACCUACAGAUACGCGCUCAUUGGGCUUGCUAAUGCCUGUCCAUAAGCCUAGCUGGGCUAGCGCGGAAUCUUUGAGCAGUAGUAACGAGAAACUUAAUGUUCGCAUUUUGGACGUCAAUGAGGAUCUGGGGCCCGCCAACAUUGAGCCCACGCACAAGCCAGUCUACUCGACAUGGCUAGGGCAAUCUUGCAACAUGGUAAUUUACGACAAUUUCAGAAUUUUGACAGACCCAUUAUUUACAGACCAUUUAAUCCAUGAGACACUGGGGCCCAAGAGAAUCACGCCAAUGCCGGCUAAAAUAGAAGAUGUACCUACGCCAGAUGUCAUAUUAGUGUCGCACAACCAUCCCGAUCACCUGGACUUUAAGAGCUUGGAGUUUUGGGGAUCACAGAGCAAAACCAGACCUUUGUGGAUAGUUCCCAAGGGCAUGGGGGAAUUUCUGAAAAACCACGCAGUUGAAAAUAUCAUAGAGCUUUCUUGGUGGGAAACAGCCCAGAUUGCGAAGGGCAAUUCUACCUACAACAUUUCAUGCACCCCAGCAAUGCACUGGUCUGGUAGGUCGCUCGUGGAUACAAACAGAUCUCUCUGGUGCUCAUUCUUGUUUUCGCACAACACUCAGCCUAUUAUGUUUCACGCCGGUGACACUGGUUACGUGUGGGACUUAUUCAAGAGAAUCAGUAACAGGUAUGGCAGCGGUGUCAAACUUGCGCUACUUCCGUGUGGACAGUAUUGUCCAUCCUGGCACCAGAAGCCCAGACAUAUAAGCCCUGAGGAGGUGUUGAAAAUUAGAGACGAUCUAAAAGCUCAAAACGUCUUGGGGGUUCACUGGGGCACCUUUGUACUCAGCGGGGAGUAUUUCCGCGAACCGAAAGAAAAGCUCGAAAUGCUGGCGGAGUGGCAUGGGAUCAAAAGCAGCUGUUAUUGCCCCGAGUUAGGGAAGACCAUUACUAUUAACUGA